AUGGAGCAGCACUUUGAGCAACGUUAUGCAAUUAAGUUUUGCGUGCGACUGACCAAAACCGCCACGGAGACUCUCGGUAUGAUUCAAGAGCCUUUAAGGAAGAAGCCAUGUCCAAUGGUUUUCAUGUGGCACAAACGUUUCAAAGAUGGCCGCGAGAAUGUUGAAGACGACGACCGCUCUGGGAGGCCAUCAUUAAGCCGAACGGAUCAAAAUGGGGAGAGAGUGCGAGAACUUUUAAACAAUGACUGUCGUCUUAGUACUAGAUUAAUUGCCGAUGAACCGGGACUCAGUCAGAGUACUGUGUGGAGGAUUGUGACGGAGAUUUGA